AUGAAGCUCUCCAUAACAAACUCGUUCGGGAUCUCAAUGGUACUCUGGCUAUUCCAGCUCUUAGCGUCUCCGGUAGCUUGCCAUGGAUGUGAUAAAGCUGGCCAAGACCGGGCCGACGGCAUUCGCUUCCAAUAUCCUCACUGUGCAAGCAAAGGAAAGCGAGUGGUUAGGGGAACAAUAGUUGGCGGCAGCCACGUAACAACCUCGGUAGAAUUCGUCGCGCCUCCUUGGAAUGUUGAUCAUUAUGACUGCUCCGCAAGCGAUUAUUAUAAAACCGAAGCAUGCUGCAAAAUGCCAAAUCCAAGGUUCAUCUUGCCUCUUGAAUAUGCACUCAAGCUUUGCACCCGCCCAGAUGGCCAUCCGCUAAUCAUAAAGUAGUUCUUUGGCACCAAUCACCCAGUCGAAACAGGUUAAUUGAGAACCAAUCAGUUCAACAGAUUCUGUAAUAAUCUCAUCGCUCUUCGAAAGAUGCUCGCUCCGGCAACCUUCCCCCCCCC